AUGCCUCCAAAGAAUUAUCGGUAUAAAAAGGCCACUUUUACUCGCGGUGGCGGGCAUAAGUUUACAAAUCCACGACGCCUUGCCGCUGCAAAGCAGGCCGAAGAAGAGGAAGGAAUGUGGGGUAAUCGAGAAAAGAAAGAGGAAGAUAGCUCUGAAGAGGGAAGUGAUGAAGAAUCUGAAGAUUCUGGAGAGCCUAAAAAGUCUGGCGAGCAAAAAGAAAGGUCCAAAAACAAUCCAAAUAGAACUAAAAAGGAUAAUUUGAAAGCUUCUGAUAUAACGAAUGCACCAAGGGAAAUGACUCGAAAAGAAAGGGAAGCUGCUGAAAAAGAAGCUGCAAGACAAAGAUAUUGGAAACUUCAUUUAGAAGGUAAAACCGAUCAAGCUAAAUCCGAUUUAGCAAGGUUGGCUGUUAUCAAGAAACAACGAGAAGAAGCUGCUUUGCAGAGAAAAGCAGAGCAAGAAGCUAGAGCUGAAGCACAGAAAACAAAGAUAGCAAGUCAAGGGCGUAAAACUAAAAAAUAA